AUGGAACAGCUAACUAAUCUCCCAAUAGAAGUAUUGGAAAUGAUAUUUCAACAAUUGAAUCAUCAUAUGAUCAUAACCUUGAUGCCUUUGAAUUCAAAAUUUUAUAAAGUUGGUCAAAGAAAAAUAUAUAAAUACAUUCAUAUUUAUUUUCGACCCAAAACUAGAAAAUACAGAUUUUCUACGGGCGACUCUUCCAGAAACUACACUAAUAAGUACUGGAACUGGAGAUUUCCUAAAGAAGUGCUGAAUAAUUUUACAACAAAGUAUACUAUAAUCUCAUCCUACAAUUUUGAUAAAAGUAUUCGUCAAAAGAAAAUGAACAAAUUUGAACAAAUUAAACAUCUUUGUAUUGAGGAUGAUUCAUUUUUAUCGUAUUUAAAAUUUGAGUCUGUGCUAAAUUCCAAGAAAGCUGCAUCGACAUUUAUAAAGAAUGUAUUGUCAUAUUUUAAUAAUAUUGAAUCUUUGAGUAUUAAUUCACCACAUAAUCAACUUGCUACAGGGAACAAAGUUGAGAUUCACCAUACAAUGAGGGAUGUAACUUUUUUGGUUUCUAAUGAACUUGAUGUUAUUUUCAAAAGCAUACCGCCUCCAAAUAAUCUAUAUCCCUUGUCACUUGAUUAUUUAUAUGCCAAUCUUAAAACUUUGAAAUAUAAGUUUACACUGCCAGCAUUCAGAAUCAAGAUUCAAAAUUGUGAAUCUGACUUAUUCGAAAUUAUACAGAUGUAUAAUAAAAUUAACUUUUUUGAAAAUCUUGAGGAGUUGCACCUUGAAUUUGAUAUCCUCAUCAAUUUAAUGGAUUUAUCACUACUUGAAAAGUUGGAUAAAAUUAAUUGUAAAUUAAAAAGUCUCAAUAUUUCAUUUCAUGGUAAGUUCAAAUAUAUCGAGUUUCAGGAUGAAGACAUAGUUGUGCUUAGGGAGCCGGAACUAAAAAAUUGGUCAUUCACCUUGGUUCGAUAUUUCAAUACAGAAUAUAUCAUUCGUUUAUCGAUAAAUUGUUUUAGUACUCCAAGAUUUUCAUUUUUAUAUCAUUGGGAGAAUUUCACGUUUAAGGAAAUGUUAAAAAAUGCAAAUUUACUAAAUUUGGCAACUUUAAUUCUCAGCUCACAUCGUUUAGAUUUAGAUUCAAUCGAUGUUUCAAAUUUACAAAAAUUAAUUAUAUGUACUGAUAUAGCUAAUGAUCAAGAUGCUAUUGAAAUUGCUAAGUUAUAUUUGAAAAAUCCAACCAUAAACUUAUCAUGGUGGCCUCGUUGGAUGAAAAGGGAAUCAACGUUUUUGACUACUCUUUUUGAUCUACAAUUAUUUACACCUGAUUAUUUUCAAAUAAUUUCGUGUCAAUGGCCAUCGUUUUUUUUCAAAGAUACUAAAAUAUUCAUUAAAAAGAAAAUCGAAUAUGUAUCCAAACGUGGAAGAUUGAUUCAAUUUAGAUAUCCAAAGUUACUCACGAUAUUGUUGAAAGAAGAUUAUUCAUUACAGGAUAUUCAUGACAUGGGACUAUUUCAUAAUCAGUCAAUUUAUACCUCAGUCAAAGAACUUCUAGAGCAUUAUGAAAAGCGAAGAAAAUUACGAAAAGAUUGA